AGAGAGAAUUUAAGAUCCAGUUUGAACAUGAUUAGCAAGUGGUAAAGAGAGCUAUUUUAAUCUGUGUUGGACCCUUAGCUAAAUAUGUAUCUUGUGCUGUUCACUUUUGUUACUUUACUUGUGUACAUCUUUGUAACAUAUUUCACUGGAAAACCUCAUCCGAAAUUCCCUCCUGGACCGUACCGGUGGCCGAUAUGGGGAGGCUACCUCCAGCUGCUAGCGGAGAAUUACAAGUUCCCGUAUGUGGCCAUGCACUGGAUGGCGCGCCGCUACAAGACUGAAGUGCUGGGGAUGUACAUGGGGCCCUACCCCACUGUGAUAGCUUGUAGCCAAGCUAGCGUCAGAGAUAUGCUCAAUCACCCCAACAUGCAGGGUAGGGCCGAGGCGUUCAUACCCCGCAACCGAGACCCUGACGGCGUCAUCCGAGGACAGUUCUUUAUCGAUGGUCACCGUUGGACGGAGCAGAGAAGAUUCAUGUUGAGGAAUCUGAGAGACUUUGGGUUUGGCACAAGAAGUAAACAUUUUGAGAAGAUCAUGGAAGAGGAAAUUAGAGAUUUCAUAGACUUGGUUCAGUCAAAACAUGAAGAGGGAGUAUGCACGCAGGGAAAGGUGAUGGUUCCUCCAGCGUUCUAUGCCUACUUCCUGAACCUCGCACUUCAGGUAUUUCUGGGCACCCGUAUGCCUCCCGCCCUCUACCACAAGCUGAGGGAGUUCGCCUACUACUCCUAUCGCUUCGUGAGAUCUCUGGACCCCACUACUGGCGCUAUCAACAUCACCCCGUGGGUCCGGUACUUCGCACCAGACUUCUCCGGAUACAACGACCUCAUGAAGAGUAAUGCGUACAUAAAGAAGUUCAUUCAGGAGAUGGUGCAAGAGCAUAAAGAUACAUUCAUAUCGGAUGCACUUAGAGACUUCUGUGACACAUACAUAAAAGAGAUGAAGGAUAAGGACAGUACCGAAGAUCAACAUUGGUUCUCAGAUGAACAGAUGGUGAUGACUCUCUGGGACUCUUUGUUUGCAUCGUCCAUGACACAGUCAGCAACGAUGGGGUUCGUUGUCGAAUUCCUUCUUCAGUACCCCGAGGUCCAGGCCAAAGCCCAACAGGAGGUAGACAACGUGGUCGGGCGCUCCAGGUUGCCCAAUCUGGACGAUAGAAAAAACAUGCCGUAUACGGAGGCUGUACUGCGAGAGGUCAUGCGGAGGGAGACCCUGGCUGCCUUGGCUUUACCACAUCUUUGUACAGAAGAUACUUACUUCUAUGGCUACUUCAUACCUAAGGACACGAUGGUGUUACCCAAUCUCUGGAGCAACAACAUGGACGAAAAGGUGUGGGAAAACCCAUUUGAAUUCAGACCCGAAAGACAUCUAGAAGAAGAUGGGAGUUUGAAGAAGAAGGAUUUGGUUUUACCAUUUGGGCUAGGUAAACACGUGUGUUCUGGGGAGACAUUUGCAAGACAAAACAUGUUCCUGUUGCUCUCCUCGAUGAUGCAGAACUUCACACUAGAGCUACCGGAGGGUCAGCCCAUGCCGGACGAGAAGAAUCACCUCCCUGGCUCCAUUGUCUCACCCAAAUACUUUCAGGUCCACAUGACCGCCAGAUAAUCGGUCCUUUAAGGUGGUAAAGUUGGCUUUCGGUUGUAAAUGUUUUGUUUUUAUUAUUCUAGAAAAUAGUCGUCACAACGUUUAAAAAUACCAUUUCCAUAAUACGCCUAGAAGAAAACCUUACGGAUAGGGAUAUCCAACUUUAGUACAUUAUUGAUUUUACACUAAACUAAAAUUCGUUAAAAUAUAUAAUUUUAUUAUUAAUAUUGAAUAAAAACUGUAAUUACCUUUAGUUACGCAUGCAUAUCUUUAGUUAAAAUUUAUCAAGAUGCUCUAAUACAUGCAAACUUAAAUUUUGGGUCUUUUUUGUUUUAUUACGAUUACAAAAUUUCUUUACUUUCCCAAUUUUCUAUUUUUUUCGAUUUAUGUUUACUUUUAUUGUCCUUAGAAAAAAGUUAUAUUAAAAAGCUAUAAAUUUAAAAUAAAUAAAUUUUUACUUUAAAAAGCCGAUUGUACCAAUUGAAAACCACCAGACUGGAAAAAUAAUUCAACUGUUUAUUUUUGCAUUUAGUAUAUUAUAGGUUUAGUUACGAUCAUUCCAGUGUAUUAUAUUUUGUGACAAUUUUGAAAUAAAACACAUUGUUAAUAUAUA